CUGAGGGUGGCUUUAAACAUUUAAAUAAAAAAAACCCGCCUUUAAAAGCCCUAGCCUAGCCUCGCUCCUUCUCUCAGGAAGCACUCACAAGUGUUGACGAUCUCUGUUAGCUUCCCCUAGAAACCACCAUUAUUAGCUGAAGCACUUGCUUCGUUUCAGGGUUUGUGUUUGUGGGAAACUGAGAAGAGGAGGAAUGGGAAAAGACGAGGAAGAAAUGAGAGGAGAGAUAGAAGAAAGGCUGAUAAAUGAAGAAUACAAAAUCUGGAAGAAAAACACUCCAUUUUUGUAUGAUCUGGUCAUCACCCACGCUCUCGAAUGGCCUUCUCUCACUGUUGAGUGGCUUCCUGACAGAGAGGAGCCGCCUGGCAAAGACUAUUCUGUUCAAAAGAUGAUUCUCGGAACCCACACUUCUGAGAAUGAGCCUAAUUAUCUUAUGCUUGCCCAGGUCCAGCUUCCUCUUGAUGAUUCUGAAAAUGAUGCUCGCCACUAUGAUGAUGAACGCUCUGAUUAUGGUGGUUUUGGAUGUGCUAAUGGCAAGGUUCAAAUUAUUCAGCAAAUCAACCAUGAUGGAGAGGUUAAUCGGGCUCGUUAUAUGCCUCAGAACCCUUUUAUCAUUGCAACUAAGACUGUUAGUGCCGAGGUCUAUGUCUUUGAUUAUAGCAAACAUCCAUCUAAGCCUCCUCUCGAUGGUGCAUGUAGUCCUGAUUUAAGGCUCCGGGGCCACACCACUGAAGGUUAUGGUUUAUCUUGGAGCAAGUUCAAGCAGGGCCAUUUGCUCAGUGGUUCUGAUGAUGCCCAAAUAUGUUUAUGGGAUAUUAAUGCAACUCCUAAAAAUAAAGCCCUUGAGGCUACACAGAUUUUUAAGGUUCAUGAAGGUGUUGUCGAAGAUGUAGCAUGGCAUCUGAGACAUGAAUACUUAUUUGGUUCUGUUGGGGAUGAUCAAUACCUGCUUAUAUGGGAUCUACGGACACCAUCAGUCAGCAAGCCUGUCCAAUCUGUUGUUGCUCACCAAAGUGAGGUGAACUGCCUGGCAUUCAAUCCAUUUAAUGAGUGGAUUUUAGCUACGGGGUCUACAGACAAGACAGUCAAGUUGUUUGACCUGCGCAAAAUUAGUACAGCACUCCACACAUUUGAUAGUCACAAGGAAGAGGUUUUUCAAGUUGGAUGGAAUCCAAAGAAUGAGACUAUCUUAGCUUCUUGUUGUCUUGGUAGAAGGCUUAUGGUUUGGGACCUCAGCAGGAUUGAUGAGGAGCAGACACCAGAAGAUGCAGAAGAUGGUCCACCAGAGUUGCUCUUCAUUCAUGGUGGUCACACAAGUAAAAUUUCAGAUUUUUCAUGGAACCCGUGUGAAGAUUGGGUUAUUGCCAGUGUAGCAGAGGACAACAUACUACAAAUUUGGCAGAUGGCAGAGAACAUUUACCAUGAUGAAGAUGAUUUACCCGGAGAUGAACCCGCAAAGGACUCCUAAUCUGGGAAAUAUGAGUUGUAAGAGAUUAUCAUUUGUAGAGUAGAUUUUCUUCUAUAUUCCUGUUUGGUUUAGAUACCUUUUAUGACCUAUUAAUAGUGUUUAUUCACAAUGAUUCGACCACUUGUAUUCAAGAGAAUUGGCGUGACUGCAGAGAUGAUUGAGCAUUUUAUCAUGGUUAAUCUGGUAAUGUUAACUUAUGCUGAUACAAAUUCAGAUGAGUCUACUUAUCUCUAA